AUGGAAAAUCUUGCUUCAAUAACUGCCUGGUCUCCAACAACUACAGCUACAUCAACAACCUUAUCGUCUGUUCCAUUAACGGCAGCAUCCGCAUUACAAUCACUGCUUUUACAAGCUGUUCAUACAUUAACUUCAAAAGGGUCUACUAUAAAUAAUGAAGAUUAUAUCUCCGCUUCAAGAAUAAUUAGAGGAGCUCAAGCUUCAUUAAGUAUUAUUCUGGCUGAACAAGUAAUAGCCACCGCAACUGAUGACGCAACAAAAUCAAGAGCAACACAAUUGAUUUGGCAACUGACCGAAAACUUACUAAAUUUGGUUCGUGAAGAAAAUGUUUAUGAUAUUGACAGAUUAAAUAGACCUGCUAAUAUCAUCUUCUUGGUCUUAUUUGCAAUCACUUUUUUAUAUUGUAUUUUGAUAGUUUAUAAAUCAAGAUAUUGGUGGUUCAAUAUUGCAUUUGUCUGCGGUACAGCUUUGGAAUUCUUAGGAUACUUAGGAAGGGUGCUUAGUUUUGGAGAUAUGAGUGACUUCAACUUUUAUUUACUACAGUUGAUAGCUCUUACCAUUGCUCCGGCAUUUCUCAUGGGAGGAAUUUACUAUGUUUUUGCUUUGUUAUGUGUUAUAAUGGGUCGAAAAUUCAGUUUGUUGAAACCGCUCGUGUAUAGCUAUGUAUUUAUUGCAUGUGAUGUAAUUAGUUUAGUAAUUCAAGCAGUAGGUGGAGGGAUUGCUGCUGUUGCUGCUCAAAAUUAUGAAAGUGCACACGCUGGUGAAGCAAUUAUGGUUACUGGUAUUGCAUUUCAAGUUUUUUCAAUGUCAAUUUAUUUAAUCUUAUGGUUCAUUUUUCUUUGGAAUAUCUUCUUCAAAGUAGAUAUAUUGGAUAGUCAACAGAAAUGGAAACCGUCUAUCAAAAACUUUUUAAGAUUAUUUUUCAAUACAUCAGAAGCUCAAAAGUACAAAGAAACUCAAUUAGAGCACAAUUACAAUCCAAAAUUCAAGAGUAUUAGAAAUCGUCCAUUAUUCAAUUAUUACCCAUUGGCAAUCACUAUAGCAGUUGCUACAAUUUAUAUCAGAUGUAUUUACCGUGUUGUCGAAUUAGCUCAAGGUUUUAGAGGUUACUUAAUUACACAUGAAGUUUACGUUAUGGUAUUAGAUGCUACAAUGUGUUUUAUUACUUGCUUAAUAUUCAUGCCAUUCCAUCCACAAAUUGUGUUAGGUUCAAAUAAUUUAAUUAGAUUAAAAACAAUUACGAAAAAUGAAGAUGAGAAACAUCAAUUAGGUGGUUCUGCUUUAAACGAUGAGGAAAAGGCUUUUGAUAAAGAUUCAAAUGAUGAAACGUUUUCAAAUACCCCAGUUCAAUCUAAUGAGCAAAAAAUUGAUAAGAAUAAAGAAUUAUUAUAA